AUGGCUAAUGAAGCAAAAGCCGAAAUUGAGCAAAAGAACAACAAAUUGCAAAUGCAUCUUGAUAAUGCAACAGCCGAAAUCAAGGACAACAAGCAGAAUUCCAUCAAAACUCAAGAUUAUCCGCCUAAAACAUCAGGAGAAUGUUGGGUGCAAGCGAAAAGCAAACAACAGGAGAUGCUACCCAUCUUCUUCCUUCACUAA